GUCCUCCUGCCCGCCUCCUGCUCGCCCGCGGCCGGGCUGCCAUCCCGGGGCCGAGCCGGGACCAGGAAGCGGCGCCCACCGCCAUGGGGAACCGCUGCGGCUGCUGCGCCGGCCGCAACUGCCCUUCGCUGUUGAAGAGGGACAAAGGAAAACCAGAUACAAGAAUCAGUAAGCCGAGUUUACAGACGCCAGAAAUCAAUAAGGGUCUUGAGGUGGGCCCAGUCUAUGACGAUGUCUCGGAGUUCCCCGUCUACGCCACGGUGAGCAAGCCGAAGAACAUGAAGCUGGACGAAAGCAGCGUGCAUUACGCCGACAUUCAGGUCUUCGCCAAGCCCCGCGAACGCUCCGCCCAGGAGGUGAGAAACCUCCAGUCGCAGAAUGCGACGGAAUACGCCACCCUCAAUUUCCCCCGAGCCCCCCUGAAAUACGACAACAAGAACGGGACUCUGGUAUAAAGAUGUUGUUAAAUGACAUCAGAAACCACAGGUGCUUUCAAGAAAAAAAAAACAACCUGCAAUCUGGAUCAGAUCAAAAUGGAAUCUUGGAGGAAGGAUUAUUUUCUAGAGUGGGGGGGCGAGAAAAUUAGCCCUUUGGGCAGUGGGAUAAGUGAAUAAGUUGCAGAGGAAAAAUGGCUUCUUGGAUCAUGUUACCAAGCAAGAGAGCAAACUGGAGGGCGAAGCCCAGCUGAAAUACGGCCGUAAGCAACAUAAAGUUUUGCAAGAUUUUGUUCUCCAAGCAAUCAUUGCAGGAUGUCUUUAUAUCGAAAGGGCUUGUUUUUUGAUAUAAAGGGGAGGGGAGGGGGGAAGCACACUACAGAAAACUUUUGAGGGUGUGGAGGGGGUGUCUUCGCUUGGACGUUCAUUUGCAGCAGUUCUUGGAGCAAAGGACGUGUGAAAUUUGGCAGGUGUUGGAAAUGUUCUCCAAUUGGUAAGGGAGGAAAUGGCUACGGAUUUUCUUGGUGUGUGUAACAAGUGCGUGAUCCCUUCGGCAGCUCAGCUCAUGAAGAAACAAGGAUCUCUUUUCACCAGACUGAAAACCUAGCUCCGGGGUGACCAGGAAUGGAGCGAAGAGAAGAUUCCACGUGGUGGAACUGGAUCCAGGAAAAAGACAAUGAUGUUGUAAAAUUAUGCAGAUUCCUCACGUGCUAAAAUUAGAUUAUUUUCGAGGGGAAAAGAGGAUCAGGGCCCCCUGUUGCCUUCUUAGAGUGUGUAUCCUUGGAAGGAAAUGGUUUGGAAAUUAUGGCGGGUGACAAUUUUGGCAGAAAGGGUCACCUGUCUUCUUUCCGCACGGCGAGAUCAUUGGCCUGUCUUUCUUGAAAAGCAGUAUUUCUCAGUUUUGGCCAUUUUAAGAUGGGUGGGCUUCAACUCCCAGAGUUCCCCAGCCAGUGUGGAUCAGACAACUGAAUAAAGAAGUAACAAGAGUUGGAAGAGACCUUGGAGGUCUUCUAAUCCAACCCCCUGCUCAAGCAAAAGACCCUCGAUCAUUUCAGACAAACAGUUGUCCAAUCUCUUCUUAAAAACCUCCAGUGAUGAAGCACCCACGACUUCUGGAGGCAAGUUGUUCCAUGGAUUAAUUGUUCUCACUGUCAGGAAAUUCCACCUUAGUUGCUUCUGGCCUUGUUUGGUUUCCACCGGUUGCUUCUUGUCCUGUCAACAACGAUGGUAGUAAGACGAGAGAUCAGCAGAGAAGGAGGACCAUUGAAGAGACUGACGCAAGGGGUAAUCCUGUGGUCACCAUGUUUACAAAAAGACAUGGGAAUCCUUUGGAUCGCUCCACCCCUUGUUAAGCUACUUCCCAACUCCUCUAGAGCCAUGGGACUGCAGCUCUCCAAUAUUUGGGAGAUAUUUAAAUGGAGGAGGAUAGCCUAGUGGUCACAGUGGACUCCCAAAAGGACUCGCAAUGUCGGAAGAGCGAAACAGCCUAAAGAAAUCGCCCUUGGCUCUUUUGCUUUGCUGUUGGAUACACACUACUGUUGAACUUCACAAUAUUGUCACAAAUAAGUCGGUCUGUCAGGUUUGUUUGUCUGUGUGUUUUCACAAGCUAGUGAAACUAGGAAUGGAAGGCGUGAGAUUUGCUUUCCAGAUCCAACCUUGGACUGUCGAAUAAAUAGGGUUUGGAGAUACAUCAGCUUGCCUGCUGUGGAAAAUAUAAGGAAGAAAAGUUUCUUUUAUCCGCAGCUGCUCUGCAGAAUUUUUAGCCUGCGAAAAACGGUCUAGUUUACACCUUUGGCUAAAGAGGUACCAUAUAUUUAACAGCUAAUCCAAUGUUUUGUGAAGAAGCGCAAAUAAAUUGCCCUAAGUAACAGAGGAAUUAGCUUUUUUAAAAAAACAAAUGCUAAAUAAAAGAAACGUGAUCCCCGGUUUUGUUCUAAAAAAAAAUUUCCCCCAAUAAUUUAUGUUUAUUAUUUGCACUGAAUUUUAUCAAUCACGAAGACAUAUUUUCUGUGUUUCCGAAUCCUAUUUGUAUUUAUUGAACUGGAAUCAGAUCAGAUUCGAAAUUGAAGCGAGAUCGCUCAAUGCUCGACCCGCUCGAAUAUUAUUUUAAAAGGAUCACAGCGCUAGUCCUCAAGGCACCCGGAAAAAAAUCUGAAAGAUGUUAUGAAGUGUGGGUUGUUGUU